AUGGGGAUAAUAAUUCAUGCGGAGAUAUUCAAUUCUACUUUUGAAUCCGGUUUGAUUCUAGUUGUAAACACCAAACAUAAAGAUUAUUAUUUGUAGACACCGACUGAUCUAGACAACUCAGCUCGUCGACAGAAUAUUAUUAUUUGUGAACUGGUCGUAUUAUUAUUGUAAUUAUAUUGCAGGAACGAGCUUAGUAUUUUUUGUUUAGCCUAGCCUAGCUUGCAUUUCUGGGGGGUAAAAAGUGGAUGGUCAACUGUGCGAUUAGCCAGCCCGGAUGUAGCCGAUAUGAAGCUCUUCCGCAGCGGGCACAGCAUGGCUAAGUUGGUUUACGAGGACGCAAGGGGAUUUUAUUAUCCUGUACCGGCAGCUACGUCAUGCACCUUCCUGCACGAUCUGAUUGCAAUUCUUACGCACCCCAUAGUUGAUGUGAUUCCAAACACGAUGGGGGAUACUCAGAUUCAACUACUAAUGCAACGGCUUAAAACACAAUUGGCCACGUGCCAACACCCACAUACCGUUGGUUGCCAUUAGUGACCGCAUCUUCCACUUUGUAGUCAAAAAUUCGCGUAUUUCUCUCUCGUUCUGAUGUCUCACUUUCGUACAUUCCGUGCGACAUUCUCCAUGUGGUUUCAGAUCUCUACGACUAUGCAGCGAAUGAAAAUGCCUUGGGAUUGUUCGCUGAAG